UUCCCGGCGGCGUUGCCGGGCGCGCUGCUCCGCGAUGCCGCCGCGGGGCCGCCGCGCUGCGCCGCGCUACGCCGCGGAGCUGCCGGACGCCCGGCUCCUGCACUUCGCGCUGGCGCCGCCCGGCGCCGCCGCCGCCGGCAGCCGCCCGCGCUGCUUCCCGCCGCCGCCGGCGCGCUGCUACUCGCUGUGCGUGCCGCGGGCGGGCGGCGUGCGGGCGGCGCGGCUGCACCGCAGCCUGCAGCAGCGCCUGCGGGAAGGGCCCCUGGCGCGCUGCCGCGUGCUCCCGCUGCUCUGCUACGCGCCGCGCAGGCCGCCGCGCAAGGGCUUCCUGCUGCAAGACCCGCGCGGCGCGCCCGAGACCGAGCGGCGCCUGGCGGAGCUGCUGCGGGCGCAGCCGGCGCCGCGGCCGCCGCUGGCCGUGUACGAGGCGGACGCGCGGGGCGCGCUGCGGCAGCGGCUCUGGGCGCUGGCGGCGGGCGGCGGGCGGCGGCUGCUGCGCCGCGCGCGGGUGGUGGCGGCCGCGGCGCCGCCGCUGCACCCCGCGGCGUCCGCGCUGCGCGGCGGCGCCCUGCCGCCCUCCGCGCCCGCCGCCCGCGCCCGCCUGCGGCAGUGCGCGUCCGUCAUCCCCGAGGCCGGCGCUGUGCUCGAGGUCCUGGAGAAGUGUCCCAGGCGCCCGAAGAAGGGGGAUUUUCCCGUCGUAGUCGUUGAGGGGUUGGAUGCAACAGGCAAAACCACUGUAACCGAGUCUGUUAAGGACGCUCUGAAUGCCGUUCUGUUAAGGUCGCCACCAGCUUGCAUCAGCCAGUGGAGGACGACGUUUGAUAACGAACCAACACUCAUUAGAAGGACAUUUUAUGCUGCGGGCAACUACAUUCUUGCUUCAGAAAUAGCAAAAGCAUCCACUCAAUCACCUGUGAUUGUAGACAGAUACUGGCACAGCACAGCUGCCUAUGCAAUUGCCACCGAAAUAAAUGGGAAAGUCGAGGAUCUUCCACCCGCUCACCAUGAGGUAUACCAGUGGCCUGAGGAUCUCCUUAAGCCUGAUCUUGUUCUUCUCCUGACUCUCAGCCCUGAAGAGAGGAUCCGGCGGCUGCAGGGCCGAGGGCUGGAGAAAACAAAGGAGGAAGCUGAGCUGGAGGCUAACAGCUUGUUUCGCCAAAAAGUUGAAGAGUCAUACAGACGGAUGGUGAAUCCUGCAUGCCAAGAGGUUGAUGCCAGCCCUUCCAAGGAAGAGGUUCUCAAGACAGUGUUACAACUAAUUAAAAAACACUGUGCUCUGUGAAAACAACUUCUGUGUAAAGGCACUAAAAAUACUUUUUAUUGUCCUCUGUUUCUGCUACAUGAAAACACACUGAGAUGUGUUUCCUCCCACGGAUAAAUCUUUUCUUUCUUCUAUCUUUAGUAAUCAUGGCAGGUUUUCUGUUUCACUGUUGCCUAGUAUGCUUUUCUGUAUGGGGCAAGAUACAGCUCCUGUGUUGUUCAGCAUUCCUAGCAAAGCCACAAACAUGCCACAGUGUUGUAUCAGGUACAUGAGGGCAGCGGUGACAUUUCAAGAUGUCAUCAUGUUGCAAAAUCACAAGGAGGAUCUGCUCCUGCUCUUGCUGUGAACCAAAAUUUGGUAGAUUACAGCAGGAAUAUUAGGUGCAGAAGGAGAUGCUGGAAUUUAAUCCAGCAGAAAGCCAAUAAGAUGAUCGUAACAUUUAGGAAAAAAGAACCUGGUGGCCAAGUGUUUGCUGGAAGAGAGGAUGAGCAGCUGCUGUUGUGAUGAACAUCCUCUAAAAAAUGUGUAGUAAAUAGGGGCCAGUAAGCAUUUAGGCUUCUAGGCCUGUUUACAAGCCUGUUGACAUAUGCGAAUGAAAUAUCAAUUAAUUUCAGAGGGAAAUGGGAGAAUGCUGACAUAUUAGAAACAGAGACCUGAGAAGAAUCUGAAAUUACAAGUAUUUGGUAAAUAAUAACUGAAAUAUUUUUCUGCACAGCAUUUUCUCUAUCUGAUUAACAAGCUUGUUAAUGUGAAUUUGUGUUCCUUUGAGAGACUGUGAAAUGAAAAACCAUAGAAAAUUUGAGCAAUGGAAAUAGUUGUACCUUUGCUUUAUUGUUUUUUUUCCCCCAUGUGCUGAGUGUGAAAGCAGGCAACUAUCAAAACCUCAGUUCUGCAAAGGUUUAUUUUUAUGUAUGUUGGUUUCAUUAUCAUUAUUCUUAAGUAUAAAACAAAACAUAUGCGUAAGUCUUUCUGAGGUCAGACAUGAACAACAGUUCAAGAAAGAACCUAAAUAAAAUGUCUUUUUAUUUAAAACACUGCUUAUGCUUUCCUAUGUUAAGUACAGUUAUUUAUGAAUCUAUCCUGUCAGUAGAAAUGUACUCAGAAUUAUGGUCCCUAUAUCCAAUGUGUAUAUGCACGGGAGGAAGGCGGUAGAAAGAAAAACUUCCAAAAAUCAUAUUGUUACAUUUAAAUGUGUUUUAUUAAUGUAUUGAUUAAUAUUUUUGAUUAUAUGCUAUUAAUGUAAUAAAUUUGUACUUACCAUUAAAA